AUGGGAGCCGCACUGUGCACGCGGAGCGGUGUGGUGGCGAGCGGACAGUCGACCAUACAUGAAUGCCGAUAUCCACUCUGGGCGGUCAAAGUAUCCGACUUCCUAAGGAUGCGCGGAAAGCCGGAAGCCCAUGACGUAUUGCUCGAACAGGGCAAGCUGUAUCAGUGGUUUCCAGGCAUGUUUUUGAUCUUCAUAUCGCACCAGUGGCUGAGCACCAGCCAUCCGGAUCCCCAAGGACGGCAAAUAGCAGUUUUGCAGAAGAUGCUCGAAGGACUUAUCGAUGGAUCACUACAGGUGCAUGAGGAUAUUGUAUGCCGGACGGCGGAGCAUAGCCUGUCGUCUGAGACACGUCGGAAAAUUGCCGAUGCCUUUGUGUUCCUAGACUGGUUCGCCAUCCCACAGAUCACAGCACGAAAGCCAGGUGUGAAUGAAGACGCCACUUCGAGCAACGCAGCCUUGGCUGUCCAAAGCAUUCCGGCUUAUGUGGAGUUGUCCAACAUGUUCAUCGCACUUGUGCCAGAGCUGACACACAAGGAUACUCUAGAGGUGGCGAACUAUUCGACUUGGCUGUCUAGGGGCUGGUGUCGAGCAGAAUUGUGGUGUCGGCUAUUGUCGAACAAAGCUGACACAACAGUCAUCGUGGUGCACUCGAACGUCCAGGCCGAGUUCAUGUAUCCUCUUGAUUGGCAGAGCAACAGCAUCGUGGAAGGGGAUUUCACGGUCGAGGAUGACCGGGAGCAGGCGGUGCGAUUGGCCGACAUGGCAGUGGAGAGCAAGAUUGGACACCUGCAAACGCAGGGCCCACUCAGCCACUAUCGCUUCUAUGUUGCCUUGCGCUUCAAGCUGUUCCGCAAGGAGACUCGCGGCCGCGACCCAGAGGCUUUCCUGCAGCAGUUCUGCUUCGACACGUUGCAGGACGCGGCCCAGGAUAAGAGCAGCAUGAACGGUCUGAUGUGUGCCGUCUUCUCCGGCGACACGGACAUGCUGCGCUUGCUAGCGCAGGCCCGAGCAGAUAUGAACUACAGGCUCCAUGGCCUAGCCGAGCUAGGCUACUACGAUUCUCAAACGGCUCUGAUGGCAGCCAUGAAGUCACACCAAGCACCUUGUGUUCUCGAAGCGCUCAUUGAACUGCGCUCAGACGUGAAUAUGCCUGACCGACUUGGCCUACCAGCUCUGUACAUGAGCCGAUCAGCAGAGCAUGUCAAGGUGCUGCUCGACCACCGGGCGGACACACCGGCCUUCGUUCUGGAAGGUCCAGCGGCCUUCGCCAGCCCAGACACAGUUCAGGCACUUCUUGCCUACCGCUGUGAUCCGAGUCAGGACACCCGAGCUAGCCCGCUCCAUGCACUCUCCUUGCUCUCACGCAGCAAUCGCCGAGCCGUUGAGACUGCCAAGCUGUUGCUGAUGAGCCGAGCAGACGUAAAUACAAGAGCCGCGCGGCCAAUGGACAAUUCGCCGUGGCAGUAUCACAUGGCUCGGGCAAAGGUGGCUAUCCUAGGCUUUUCGACGUGCAGCAUGAUGACCCGGCUGCAGGCAAUCGCACCGGGCAUUUCACCACUGGGCUACGCAGCUUUAGUUGGGCAUGAGCAACUGUGUCAGCUGUAUUUGGACCAUGGUGCUGAGUCCUUUCCAAAUGAUGGUGGGGACUUGCCAGAAGACCUGGCUCGGAACAAUCACCACUAUCAUUUGUUACCAUUGUUAUCUACUUUCGCCACGUGA